GCUAGGUCUCAUGCUUCUGCUCUUGUUUUGACGUCGGGUUAUGUUCUCUGUCCUUUGAGGGUAGAUUUAACUUACAUUCUAAAAUAACUGAAAAAUGACACGUUAGAGCAGACCUUCCUCACAUUUUGGCGUCCGUUUCUUAUUUGAUGAGAAGGACCAUCCGCACCAAAGAUGCUCGGGAAAGUGUUAUCUUCCACUUUUGUGACAAAGUGUUGCACUGUUAACACUAUGUCACAAAUUUCCAGGAGAUAUGCCGCGAAAAAGACGUUGACCCAACGAUAUCAAGACUUUUUCAACCCAAGUUUUCCGAAGCCGCCUUAUAAUUUUAUCUGCCAGAUUGGUGAUCCCAUUCUGAGACAACCAUGCGAUGUGGUUGAUGAAAGUCUCAUUAACACUCCAGGUUUCCAAGAUAUGAUCGCUCACAUGUGGGAGCUGCAUAGAACCCAUGAAAUUCUUGGACUGUCAGCGCCACAAAUAGGAUUACCGUUACAAGUAGCAGUAAUCGGCUUUACUGAAGCACAAUGCAAAGAACGGGACUCCAAAUAUAUAGCACCAAUUCCUCACAGGGUGCUGAUUAAUCCAAAAUUUAAAGUUUUGGAUCACAACAUUAAAGUUACUGAAUCAGAGGGUUGCGCAAGUGUGUGUGGCUAUAGUGCUGAAGUAUCUCGAUUUGCACAUAUUCAAGUAGAAGCACUCAAUGAAAAAGGAGUCAAAGAAACUUGGAAAGCAAGUGGGUUUGAAGCAAGAGCUAUCCAGCAUGAAAUUGAUCACCUGCAGGGCAUAAUUUUUGUUGACAAAAUGGAGGCUAAGUCUCUUGAGUGCUCAGUUUGGCAACAUGUAAAUUUGUAUAAGGGCCAAGGAUAUAUUUCCUUUGGACCAGGAAGGAGAACUUUCUUGUCUAAGAUACAAAGACUUCUGUCCUAAAAAUGUAACAUGCAAUUAAGAAUCAUUUUAAAAAAUGUAAAGCAGUUUGACAAAAUAAUUUAAGGAUUAAGUGUUCAAAAUAAUGUAAUUGAAAAAUUCUGCAGAACUAUAUGGCCAUUUGGUUAAAACGUAUUAUAGGAACAUCUUAAAAUAUAAAGGUUUUACAUAUUUUCUAUGAAAAUAAGUACAUACUGCAAUAAGGUUACACUACUCAAAUUGCACAUGCAGUUUCACAAGGCUCCAUUACCCACACCAGUUUAAAAAAUAUCUUGUACAUUUGGUGAAUGUCAAUCUUACAAAAUGCUUUUUAACAAGUGUUGAUAACAGUGACAUAAACAGUUUAUCUUCCUUAAUAAAAUAUUCUCAUAACUCUGA